GUCUCCUAUGUGAUUAGAGAUGAAGUGGAGAAGUAUAACCGAAAUGGGGUAAAUGCACUUCAGCUGGAUCCAGCAUUAAACAGACUCUUCACAGCAGGUCGCGACUCUAUUAUAAGGAUAUGGAGUGUCAAUCAGCACAAGCAAGACCCUUAUAUAGCGUCUAUGGAACAUCACACAGAUUGGGUAAAUGAUAUUGUGCUCUGCUGCAAUGGUAAAACCUUGAUAUCUGCUUCUUCAGAUACUACUGUUAAAGUGUGGAAUGCACACAAGGGAUUUUGCAUGUCAACACUAAGGACACAUAAGGAUUAUGUGAAAGCUUUAGCAUAUGCAAAAGAUAAAGAACUGGUGGCAUCUGCCGGGCUGGACAGACAGAUAUUCCUCUGGGAUGUAAAUACUCUAACAGCACUGACUGCCUCAAAUAACACCGUAACAACUUCUUCCCUGAGUGGGAACAAAGACUCUAUCUACAGCCUUGCAAUGAAUCAGAUGGGAACAGUUAUUGUAUCAGGGUCCACUGAAAAGGUUCUAAGGGUGUGGGAUCCGAGAACUUGUGCAAAGCUAAUGAAACUCAAAGGGCACACGGACAAUGUCAAAGCUUUGUUGUUGAACAGAGAUGGCACCCAGUGUCUUUCAGGCAGCUCUGAUGGGACUAUCCGCCUGUGGUCCCUUGGGCAGCAGAGAUGCAUAGCCACAUAUCGAGUCCACGAUGAAGGUGUUUGGGCUCUGCAGGUCAAUGAAGCCUUCACUCAUGUUUAUUCAGGAGGAAGAGACAGGAAGAUUUAUUGUACAGAUUUACGAAAUCCUGAUAUCCGUGUGCUUAUCUGUGAAGAAAAGGCACCGGUUCUCAAGAUGGAACUUGAUAGAUCAGCUGAUCCUCCUCCAGCACUUUGGGUUGCAACAACGAAAUCCUCUGUGAAUAAAUGGACUUUGAAGGGAAUUCAUAAUUUUAGAGCAUCUGGAGAUUAUGAUAAUGAUUGUACCAAUCCUAUACCACCUCUGUGUACACAGCCUGACCAGGUUAUAAAAGGGGGUGCUAGUAUUAUUCAGUGCCACAUUCUUAACGACAAGAGACACAUACUGACCAAAGACACUAAUAAUAAUGUGGCAUACUGGGAUGUCUUGAAGGCAUGUAAAGUUGAAGACCUUGGGAAAGUAGAUUUUGAAGAAGAAAUUAAGAAGAGAUUUAAAAUGGUGUAUGUGCCAAACUGGUUCUCGGUAGACUUGAAAACUGGGAUGUUGACAAUUACUUUGGAUGAAAGUGACUGCUUUGCAGCUUGGGUUUCAGCAAAGGAUGCUGGAUUUAGCAGUCCAGAUGGAUCUGAUCCAAAACUAAACCUCGGAGGGCUUUUGCUGCAAGCACUUCUGGAGUAUUGGCCUCGAACACAUAUCAAUCCAAUGGAUGAAGAAGAAAAUGAAAUAAAUCAUGUGAAUGGUGAGCAGGAGAACAGAGUCCAGAAGGGAAAUGGAUACUUUCAAGUGCCACCACAUACACCAGUUAUUUUUGGAGAGGCUGGAGGACGCACUUUGUUCAGGUUGUUAUGUCGGGAUUCCGGUGGCGAGACUGAGUCUAUGCUUCUUAAUGAAACUGUGCCACAAUGGGUAAUUGACAUCACUGUGGACAAAAAUAUGCCCAAAUUCAAUAAGAUUCCCUUCUACCUCCAACCUCAUUCAUCAUCAGGGGCAAAAACGCUAAAAAAAGACCGACUGUCAGCAAGUGAUAUGCUUCAGGUGAGAAAAGUGAUGGAACACGUGUAUGAGAAAAUCAUAAACUUGGAUAAUGAGUCUCAGACAACCAGCUCUUCCAAUAAUGAAAAAGCAGGAGAACAAGAAAAAGAGGAGGACAUUGCUGUGCUAGCAGAGGAGAAGAUUGAACUUCUGUGCCAGGACCAGGUUUUGGAUCCGAAUAUGGACCUUCGGACAUUGAAGAGCGGCGGCGAUCUGACGCUUCAUUAUCGCCAGAAAUCAACGUGAAGGGAGCGGCGCACCCCAGCGGUUACCUAUUUACUUGACCACGCUGUACUGGUUCCAAGAGUAGUGCUAUAGAAGCCCACUGAACCCCUAAGG